AUGGCUGCCGCCGAGGUCAAAGUGACCGAGUUUCAAUCGCGUGUCUACGCUCUGCUCAAGCAGAUUCCAAAGGGCAGGGUCAGUACCUACGCGGAAAUGGCAAAGGCGUUGGCGUCCAGUCCACGCGCCGUCGGCGGAGCGCUGCGAGUCAAUCCGUUUGCGCCCGAGGUGCCGUGUCACCGUAUCAUCCAGGCAGACGGGUACGUGGGCGGCUUCAAAGGCGAAUGGCAAAAGGCGCCAAGCGGGGUGAAUCAGAAGAUGAAGAUUGAUAUAUUGAGGGACGAGGGCGUGCAAUUUGAUGCGAAAGGCAUGCUCCUGGACAAGACAAGCCUGUGGGCGGACUUUCGGUGA